UAUACUUGUAGCGCUUGCACUCAGCAAACAAGAAGCCUGUCAAUCUGUGCUUUGAUCUUGAAUUUUAACGAUUUCAUUUCUUUGCAACAUUUAAGGAUUUAUUUUUUUGGCGAAGAUAUUUCCCGGAAGGUUGUCGCUCGAUUAUAAACAACAAGACAGCUGGGAGAGAAUUUCUAGAACAGCAUAAUAGUUUAAAUUUAGAUAAUAAUAUUACAGAAAAAAUGUGGCUUCCAAAGCUUGGGAUUCUGACGGCAUACGUUGUCCUAGGAGUGACAGUCACUUUGUCAGCAGACGAAAAAGAUUGCUUUUGUAAGAUUCCUUUAAAAGGAGAAGUAGAUGACUGCUCAUGUAAAAUAGAAAGCUUGGAUUCUUUUAAUAAUCUGAAGAUUUUCCCCAGACUCCACAGCCUUCUAAAUAAAGAUUAUUUUAGAUUCUUCAAGGUAAAUUUAAAAAGACCAUGUCCAUUCUGGGGUGAUGAUGGUAGGUGUGCCUUGAGAGACUGCCAUGUAGACAAGUGUUCUGAGGACCAGUUACCACCUGGCUAUAAGGAAUCAAAGCAAGAAGAAAACAAGUAUACAAAAGAGGCUCAAGAACAGCUCCAUACAGACUGCAAGGAGCAGAAGGAGCUGGGAGGUAUUGAUAAAACAAUCAGUUCUGAAGACAGGGAAUCCUUUAAAAGCUGGUCAAAGUAUGACGAUGCUCAAGACAAUUUCUGUGAGCUGGAUGAUGACAAUUCAGCUGACAUGGAAUAUGUUGACCUGACCUUGAACCCUGAGAGGUACACGGGUUACAAAGGGGAGUCUGCUUGGAGGAUUUGGAGGACAAUUUAUCAAGAGAAUUGCUUUAAGCCUGACACGCCUGUCCCUGGGUAUGGGCCAGCUGAAGCCAGAGGAGCUGAAGGUAAAGCUUUACAAAGUGGUCUUGAUUUAAUGAGAUCCUUAAAAGGGAUGUGUCUUGAGAAGAGGGUGUUCUUCCGCAUGAUCUCUGGACUGCACACCAGCAUAAAUGUCCACCUCUCUGCCAAAAAUUAUUUGCCUGCUGCAAAUGGUUAUGGCAAAGGAACAUGGGGUCCAAAUGUAGAAGAAUUUCAGAAGCGUUUUGACCCAGAGACAACUAAUGGAGAAGGCCCACAGAGAUUAAAGAAUUUGUAUUUUACAUACUUGGUGGAACUUCGUGCCUUGGCAAAAGCUGCUCCAUAUCUAGAACAGGAAGAUUUCUUCACUGGUGAUGAAAAAGAAGACAAUGAAACCAGAAAUGCUGUUAAAGAUCUUCUCAAGAUUAUCAAGUCAUUCCCAGAUCAGUUUGAUGAAAGUAGACUUUUCCAAGGAAAUAAUAAGGAAGCCCAACAGUUAAAGGAAGAAUUCAGAAAACUUUUUCGAAACAUAUCAGUAAUAAUGGAUUGCGUAGGGUGUGACAAGUGCAAGUUAUGGGGCAAGACACAGACUCAGGGUAUGGGUACUGCCUUGAAGAUCCUCUUCUCUGGAGAUACAAUGGGCCCUGAUUCCACAGUUGACGCACAACAGAAGAAAAAUUUCCAGCUACGCAGAUCAGAAAUAGUUUCAUUGUUUAAUGCCUUUGGAAGGUUAUCCACCAGUAUUAAAGAAGUAGACGUAUUCAGGCAGUUGAUAAAGGAAAAAGAUUCUACAUAACCAACCCAGAGUAUUGUCAUAAUGUUUGUGCCAUUGAAUUAAUACAAGAUAAAAAUUAUGUCUGGUCAGAGUUGCUGCUUUUUUGUAUGGAAUGUAUGUUGAAUGACAGUGGGUGAAUAUACUGAGAAGAUGCCACAAAAAGUGAUUUGUAUUGGCAAUAGGAUACUGGCAGCAAGCAGCAAAUAUGCUGUUUCAAAUUCAAGUCAUGUAUCUGAAAUUUCAUUUCGUUUUGUACCAAAAACAAAAAUGAGGCUGCCGGAUUUGCUGUGAUGAAGCAUUGACUGUGCUUUGUGCUUUAAAAAUUAUUAGAAUUAUGUCAACUUAAAGAUUACUUAAGUAGGGAUGUGUUCAUAAGAUUUUCCAGCAUCAUUGCCGAUUUCCUCAUACCUGUCAACCAUGGCCUUCACUCUCUCUUAGAGAAGUCGACUAUUUUAAACUUGGCUGGAAGCAAGUGAAGAGUUGCAUGUGAUUUUGAGGAGGGUUAGUAUUC